AUGACACUGCCAACACAGUCCUGGGACCAAUACGUAAACGAACUUCUCGGUUCACAGACCGAAACGCAUGAUCCACUCAUCGAUGGGAAUAGGCCUAAUAUUUACGGCUCGUUUCAAGAGACAAGCGCUGAUAUUGAGCGAUGGACGACAGGAGAAGCGCCGCAUCAGUCCAAGGAGGGGGCAAUCCCUGCAGUAGAAGCCAACGUUUGUUACGGCAUGAUCUCCGGGGCUGCUAUCCGCCUUCGUGGCGAGAUGGCGGAGCUUCAUCGCAGAAUCAACAGCGUUGCAUCGUCUCUAAUUCCAGGCCAUGCGCAAAUGAUUAUCGUCAAGCCCGAAGACCAUUUCCUGGUCGCUUUCCAGGAUGGAGCGGUCGUAGGAGACGCGAAUGCUCAGUUAGAUGGAGCGUUGACGAGCAUCGCAGAACAUGGCUACGAGAUUGAUCUGGAGGUCUUUGCACCAAUAAGUAUCAUAGAAGAGACUAUAGGUCGUGCUACCAAACAAAAAGAGGCUGUAGUACGGGUACAGGUGAUUGUGUACGGUCCACGCACAGCUGCUUCCGAUAUUGGUAGAGAGCUUUCGCAGCGAAAGAUCUAUCUGCAACGUCCUGUUCACAUACGAGAUGGGUAUCGGUACGAGAAUCCACAUGUUCUCACCCUUGCCGGAUUCCAUGGCUCAACGCCUGAGAUACCAGCCACCACAGAAGAACCUUUCUCCGAAAAGGUCGAUCUGCAGACCUUGGAGGGCACUCUCCAGAAUGUGUUUUCCUCCUUGGCGCGAAAUCGCAACCUUCACGGGCUAGAGGGUGACGAGCGCCUCAACACCGACCUUUUGUUGCACCAGAAGACAGCACUCUCUUUCAUGAUUCAGCGCGAGGACGGGCCUAUACCAGAGGAGUAUACGCUUUGGAAGUCCAGCGUAGAAGAUGGACUCCAUUGCUAUCGUCAUGUUCUGACGAAAGGACGUUCCAUGCUUAAGCCCAAAGAAACUGGCGGUGGUAUCCUGGCAGACGAGAUGGGAAUGGGAAAGACUCUCUCUAUAUUAGCCCUUGUACUACGCACACUGAACGCUGCGCACGCUUGGGCUUUGAGCGUCGAUGAUCUCAACGAUGUGAAUUCGGAAAUACGAAGGAAGAGACGCCGCUCCGGAGCGACUCUGAUUGUUGCAUCAUCGGACCUCAUGAUCAAUGAAUGGUUCCAGGAACUGGACAACUUAUCGAACUUCCGCAAGAUUAUCGCUAUACCUUUCGAAGAGGGCGGCAAAAGACGUACAGUUGCGAUCGAGCGCUUCACUCGACUUCUGGACUCCAUGUGUCUCCGCCGAACCAAGGAUGUACUGCAUUUACCAGCAGAGCAGCAUCGAGUCAGGAGCAUACGGCUUUCACCAGAAGAGCGCCUACAAUACGACCAGACUCAAGAGAUCAUGUUCCGAGCUGUCCGUAAUCAAAAUGGCACGUUCGAUCAAAAGAGUACGCUGGGCAUGUUCCAGGUACAACUCCAGCUACGGAUUCUCUGCAACCAUGGUACUUGGCAGCAGCCCUUUUCCUGGAAUCGCCGCAAAUUGCACUUGCUGGAUGAGGUGGAGGCUUUGGAGAUCUCACUUGGGCGAGACGGCGAGAUUACGUGCUCACGCAUCGACGGCGAAUGCUCAACGACCAAACGCGAACGCAUCCUGCAUCAAUUCACGGAGGACCCCAAUUUGCGAGUACUGAUCAUGACCACCGGCACCGGCGCCGUAGGACAAGCUUCAAUCGGGGCCGAGAUGAAGGAGCUUGAGAACAUCUCCACAGCUCGUGAAGCCGGGAGCGACAGCGGGCUGGAGGAGAAUGAACUGGGGGGCAACGUCGAAGAAAGCUCGCUCGACAUUCUUGAUCCUUUCGAGGAGGAACUACUGUCAGCACUUACUGAUGCCUACGCGUUCCUGCGGAGAGAUCUCUCAAGUUUUGAACUCGACCUGAGACUACUCCUUCUUCCUACAUCAUUGCGAGAUAUAGUAGAGACAGUACCCAAGGCUGAUAUAAGCAUCGCACGCACCAACGAUGUAUCUUUCGCCAACAAGGUCAAAGCACGCAUUGAAGACUCCACGUCACUCGAGUGGGACUGGUGGCCACUCCGACCAAGAGUUCAUGACCUCGUGCAAGGACGAAAACGUCUUGAAUACAAGGUCUGUCUACCUCAUCGCGACAGUUUGAAUCAUCGCUUAUCAGCUACAAACUUCUAG